AUGUGUUUGUUUGAGUACUAUGAUUGGUUGGCUUCACGAAUUGGGUGCUCAGGAACAGAGGAAUGGAGGAAAGAGAUGUGUUUACGUAUUUUCAUUGGGAAGGUGAGACACCCUGAGAGGUAUAGAGACGAAUGGGAAGAUCAUCACUUGGUUUCUCAAGCUUACCAAGAUUUCUCUAUGUAUAUACCAAAUAAAUGA